AUGGCAACGGCCUUAGGAUCUGCGGACUUGGCUACCCCUGGAGCACCUCCGCCUGGCGGAGGAACACAAGCCGCAGCGUCUGAGGAGGAGGAGCGGGAGGUGGUGCGGGUUCGAGUUAAGAAGUGUGAGAGCAUCUUGCCUCCUGAGUUCCGUUCUUUUGCUGUUGACCCCCAGAUCACGUCUCUCGAUGUGUUACAGCAUAUCCUCAUCCGAGCUUUUGAUUUGAAUGGGAAAAAGAACUUUGGCAUCAGCUACCUGGGCCGGGAUCGACUAGGACAGGAAGCUUACCUCUCACUUCUGUCUGACUGGGAUCUCAGCACAGCAUUUGCCACUGCCUCCAAGCCUUACCUGCAGUUACGUAUAGACAUUCGGCCCUCUGAGGACAGCCUGCUGCUGGAAGACUGGGACAUAAUCAGUCCCAAGGAUGUCAUUGGCUCUGACAUGCUGCUGGUUGAGAAACGACCAUCGUUGACAACAGCUGCCCUACCAUUCACACAGUCCAUCCUCUCUCAGGUGGGCCGCACCAUAUCUAAGGUCCAACAGGUGCUAAACUGGUCAUAUGGGGAAGAUGUCAAGCCUUUCAAGCCACCCCUGAGUGAUGCUGAGUUUCACAUGUACUUGAACCAUGAGGGCCAGCUCUCCCGCCCUGAGGAGUUGCGCCUUCGUAUCUAUCAUGGUGGUGUUGAGCCCUCUCUGCGAAAGGUGGUGUGGCGGUACCUGCUGAAUGUAUAUCCAGAUGGGCUGACAGGCCGUGAGCGAAUGGACUACAUGAAACGCAAGAGCCGUGAAUAUGAACAGCUCAAGAGUGAGUGGGCACAACGGGCAAGUCCUGAGGAUCUGGAAUUCAUCCGCAGCACAGUCCUCAAGGAUGUGCUGCGUACUGACCGGGCUCAUCCUUACUAUGCAGGGCCUGAGGAUGGCCCACACCUGCGAGCACUGCAUGACCUACUCACUACCUAUGCUGUCACCCAUCCACAGGUGUCCUACUGCCAGGGCAUGAGUGACCUUGCCUCACCCAUUCUCGCUGUCAUGGACCAUGAAGGUCAUGCCUUUGUCUGCUUUUGUGGCAUCAUGAAGCGUCUGUCUGCAAACUUUCAUCCUGAUGGCCAUGCCAUGGCUACUAAGUUUGCCCACCUCAAGCUGCUGCUACGGCAUGCUGACCCUGAAUUCUACGAGUACCUGCAAGAAGCUGGUGCUGAUGACCUCUUCUUCUGUUACCGUUGGAUUUUGCUCGAGCUCAAGCGCGAGUUCGCCUUUGAUGAUGCCCUCCGCAUGCUUGAAGUCACUUGGAGUUCAUUGCCCCCAGAUCCUCCUGAACAUGAGGUUGAGCUUGUUGGACCCCCCAGUAAAGUGAUAGACACUGACUUCAAUAGUCACAAGGGGCAGCCCAUGCGACAGAGGCACAUGCUGAGGCCUACUGGUGGAGGAGGUAGUGUCUUUGAAGAUGUUGUUGAUCACUUAGCCACAACCACCCAGGGUCCUGUGAGUGGGGGGCGUCUCCUGAGACAGACCAGCCUGAAUGACCUUCAGCAACUCAGGGAUACCAGUAGAGGGGACCUUCUGGUCCAGCUAUCAUGUCCAACUACUCUCAUCAGCUUUAAGUCCUUCUCUGAGCCCUUGCUGAACUCCCCAGACCCACUGUUCUCCUCCUCUUCACACCCUGACUCUCCAUCCUCUUCAUCUCCACCAUCUACCCAGGAAGCCUCUCCUACUGGUGAUGUGGCUGCAGGAUCUCCCUUGAUGGAAGCAGUAGGCUCUUCAAAAGACCCUGUGAAGUUUCUACCACCCCUAGGUCUACCUCCACCCCAGGAGUUUGGCCGGGGCAACCCUUUCAUGCUCUUUCUCUGCCUCGCCAUCCUGUUGGAGCACCGUGAUCACAUUAUGCGUAAUGGUCUGGAUUACAAUGAGCUGGCCAUGCAUUUUGACCGGCUUGUGCGAAAACACCAUCUGGGGCGUGUCCUGCGCCGGGCCAAGGCUCUCUUUGCUGAUUAUCUACAGUCAGAAGUGUGGGAUUCAGAGGAGGGGGCUGAGGCUACAGCCUUAUCUUGA